UUUGUAGCAGAAAUAAUAUGUAAAUAUGGGGAAUUGUAUGUGCUUGUAUGUGCCAGACGAUGAUGAGGAAUGCCAACCUGUAAACCAACCAUCUCAGGAGGACCGGAGAAGGCAGAUGGCGGAGGCAGCAGAGAAACGAAAUGAGGGCCAGCAGGCACGUGGGGUGAAGGAUCCAGGAAGUAUUAAGAGAAUGGAAGAGAAGAGGGAUGAGUUAGAACGGAGACAAGCAGAGAAUGUGGGCACCACCAACGAACCUACUCUCAGGUGGUGAGAUGUGCUACACAUGUGGGAAAACAAGAUAACUCUACUGGCCCUAAACCAAGUACUAUGUCUAUUGUUCUUCCCGGUAUUUUCUGGUUUUUUGUGUUUUGUUUUGUUUUUUUCAGCAGGUCAAGGCUAGAUUUAAAUAAUGAUGUCAAACAAAAAUGCGGUGAUUUUUGCACCUGAAUUAAACUAUUGUCAGUUUAUUUCAUGCUGGCUGUUGUUAGAAACUAUAAAGACCUUGUUUGAGUUGUCUGUAAAUACUUAAAUAAAUGGGUUUGAUGUCAAUAUUUCAGGGUUUGUAAGCUUUUCUAAAUUAUUUUGUUGUGAUUCAGAUUUUCGAUAUUAAUUCUUUAUGAUAACUUAACUAAAUGGUCUAUCAGAGUGGUUUCAUAGAAGUUUUUUGUGUGUCUUGAUGAGAUUAUGGCUUAUUUAUAGCUUACAUCAAUAAAUAUUAUUAUAAUUGAACUGUACAUAGAUUGAAAAUACUAGAAGUUUGAA